UAGGGUUCUUGAUGGCGGAGCGUUGCCUCCUGGGCGUUCUCAAGGAGCUUCUUCGAUCGAGGAAUGCGACAGGAGCGGUGAAAUCUGCCGAGAUUAUCGGUUUGCUGGCGCUGCAAUCCGAGAGCCUAAAUCGCGACGUUGCGAGCUGCGUCGAGCUGCUCAGCUCGCUUGUUCCGCUCAUUGCUAGCGACGAUUCCAGUGUGUCUGGUGCCGCGAUCGAUGCCGUCGCCGAUCUGGGAAUCACUGCGGCUGCUCGACGAGCAUUGCAAGAAUGCGGUGUGAUGGACUACUUCUUGAGCUUGUUCAUUUCCCUUGCAGAUUCUUUGAGCUCGGCAUGGAACUGUGAUAUCGAAGAACACUUUGGAGAUGCUCUUCGUGUAGCCGACUCUUUGCUCCAGGAACACUACGAGGUGACCAUCCAACGGGUUCCAAGAGAGAUAGCUUGCACGUCGUAUUCGAAGCUGAGAAGAGUCUGGAAGGAUAUCUUGGAAGGAGAUGGUGGAUCGACGUCUACGAGACAUCUCCUUGCGAAGCUUCUCGCAUUGCUCGGAUUGGAGCUUGAGUUGCCAGUUUCCAAAAACCUCGGCAGGCAUACUUUUCUGGAGAACAGUCAGGAGUUCUUUGAGAAAGGCUGGGAGAGGUCUCCGGCAGUGAUUACAAAUGGAACAGGCAGAGUAUUCGAGGCUCUUCGGAAGGAUUUUCCAGCUCAGGAUUCGUCAGAGCUUCUCAGAACUUUGGUUGGAGCUUCCAUUUCAUGUCCUCCGGCCAGCAGCGACGAACUCGAUCCUUGCCAGCUUUUCAAAGAGAUACAUGACGACCUGGGAAGGCCUUUGAUUUAUCAGCAGGACAUUCGACUCGUCAAAUGCACCACUGGUGAUUGCGUGGAGCAGCACUACUUUUCUAGAAACGGUGAAGGACAGGUUGUCCGUGUGGAAGACUGUAUCAAGGCCUUCGAGCUCGGUUACACUGUGGCUGUGAGAGGUAUUGAGUUUCGCUCAAAGGUGGUUGCGGAACUUGCUCAGAGCUUGGGCUUCCAACUUGGUCAAGCCAGCAUUGGAGCAAAUCUUUACUUGACGCCGUCAAAUGCUCAAGGCCUGGGUCGUCACUACGAUGAUCACUGCGUCUUUGUCGUGCAACUUGCUGGAAAAAAGAGGUGGAGCAUUAAUCCGGCUGCUACCGUCGUGCUUCCUCGACUAUAUGCGCCUAGACUUGUGCCUGAGGCUGAGGUCCAGAGUCGUGAGCUAGCAGACACACUGUUGACGGAAGGAAGCGUGUUAUACAUUCCGAGAGGUUUCGCUCAUCGAGCUAGCACUUCAGAAGAUGGCAACACCUCUAAAAGUCCAGGUCGUGGAAAGAGAAAGCAAUGCACUUUGGAGACGACGACGGGGAAUUGUCCUACGACGACAUCGAAGUUCUCCUUGCAUCUCACUUUUGGCGUUGAAGUGGAGCUUCCAUUUGAAUGGCAAGGAUUCAUUCACAUCGCUUUGCAUUUAUGGUUUCUUCGAGAGAAUCCACCUCAAAGUCGGGACAGCAGGUUGUGUAAAACACUUUUACAUUUCACAGUGUGGUCAAUGGCGGACAAUGCUGUAAAAGAGCUUCGAAAGGCGUGCUCAGUCGCUAUGCCCGCCACAUACAACAAGUCGCAUGCGACGUUCAAGGAACUGAUUAAGAAGAUAGCUUCGCAUGCCGAAGAGUCUGAAAGAGCUAUCAACGGAGAAGAGUGCGCUGCUGGCUUGAGUUGGCUGGGUCAUCUCCCGGGGACACAAAGUCUUGAAACGGACUUCAAACUUGCGAUCAACUCUACCAUAAAAGAACACAGGUUCCCGGAGAUGUACGUGACAGCCAGAGCCAAUUUUGUGGAGAGGGCCCUGUACGACGACGCAGUCUUCUCCGAAGCUCGUGAAAGCUUUGCGGUCCUGCUGGAGAGAUACAGGACAAGCCGCCGGAAGCUCAUCAACGCAAUGCUGGCACUCCAUGAUAUUUCCAAAGACUAAAGUCCAAGCAGUAACAACGUGGAACACGGAUCUAGCGACGGCACGAGAAGCCUUUGUUGUCCGUCCCACAGGUCACUGCAGGGAAGGAAAACUUCGAGCUUUCAACUGCAGCCACG